ACGCUUACCCCUGUCGGCAAUAAACUCUAAUAAAGGAUCAAUAGCUAAAAAUGUAGUCCAACUGUCCAAAGUCAUCUUCUGUUCCCCUUCCCGUUACUACUAGUCACUUUCCAACUUUGUUCCACUGAAAAACACAUACAAAUAGUAGUGUAGUGCUAACUCUCUCUCUCUCUCUCUCUCUCACACACACACACACACUCUCCCCGAGGUAACUCAUCUUGCUGCUAGUGCUGUCUCUUUUUUGUGUGAUUUGGAUCUACAAGGUUUGAGAGGGUACUGGCAUCCAAAAAAUGGGUUCUAAAACUAAUGCUUCGGGCCAUAGAGCACGAAGGCCGCUGUCAAUAUUUGCUGUGCUUGGUCUUUGCUGUUUCUUUUAUCUUUUGGGAGCAUGGCAAAGAAGUGGAUCUGGGAAGGGAGAUAACCUUGCAUUGAAAGUUAAUAACCUGAUGACUGACUGCACUGUUUUACCCAAUUUGAGUUUUGAAUCUCAUCACAAUGAUGUAGAAAUUGUCGAACCUGCUGAGCCAAAAGCUAAAGAGUUCAAGCCGUGUGAUGUGAAAUAUACUGAUUAUACACCUUGCCAAGAGCAAGACCGAGCAAUGACAUUUCCCAGAGAGAAUAUGAUCUAUAGAGAAAGGCAUUGUCCCGCUGAAAAGGAGAAAUUGCGCUGCCUCAUUCCAGCCCCCGAAGGGUACACAACUCCUUUUCCGUGGCCUAAAAGCCGUGAUUAUGCCUACUAUGCUAAUGUUCCUUACAAGAGCCUGACAGUGGAGAAGGCUGUUCAAAACUGGGUGCAAUUCCAGGGAAAUGUGUUUAAAUUUCCAGGUGGAGGGACCAUGUUCCCUCACGGAGCAGAUGCAUAUAUUGAUGAACUUGCGUCAGUUAUUCCAAUUGCUGAUGGUUCUGUCAGAACAGCACUGGACACUGGUUGUGGGGUUGCAAGCUGGGGAGCCUACUUGCUAAAGAGAAAUGUGCUGGCUAUGUCCUUCGCUCCAAAGGACAACCAUGAAGCACAAGUUCAGUUUGCUCUAGAACGAGGGGUGCCUGCUGUUAUUGGUGUCCUUGGCACCAUCCACCUUCCAUACCCAUCAAGAGCCUUCGAUAUGGCCCAGUGUUCUCGAUGUCUAAUACCAUGGACCUCAAAUGAGGGCAUGUAUCUAAUGGAAGUUGACCGAGUCUUAAGGCCUGGUGGAUACUGGAUUUUGUCUGGCCCCCCAAUUAAUUGGAAAACAUACUACCAAACAUGGAAGCGAUCCAAGGAAGAUCUGAAGGCAGAACAAACAAAACUUGAGGAGUUAGCUGAAAGUCUUUGUUGGGAAAAGAAGUAUGAAAAGGGUGAUAUUGCUAUUUGGAGAAAGAAAAUAAAUGCUAAAUCCUGCAAAAGAAAGUCUCCCAAUGUUUGUGGUUUAGAUAAUGCUGAUGAUGUGUGGUACCAAAAAAUGGAGGUCUGUAAAACCCCUUUACCUGAGGUAACCAGCAAAAAUGAAGUUGCCGGAGGAGAGUUACAGAAGUUUCCUGCUAGACUUUUUGCAGUCCCUCCUCGAAUAGCCCAGGGAGCUAUUCCAGGGGUUACAGCUGAAUCUUAUCAAGAGGACAACAAAUUAUGGAAAAAGCAUGUUAACGCUUACAAAAGAAUGAAUAAAUUGAUUGGCACUACUAGAUAUCGGAAUGUGAUGGACAUGAAUGCAGGCCUUGGAGGAUUUGCAGCUGCACUUGAAUCACAAAAGUCUUGGGUGAUGAAUGUUGUGCCGUCAAUUGCUGAGAACACUUUGGGUGUUGUCUAUGAGAGAGGUCUGAUCGGCAUUUAUCAUGACUGGUGUGAAGGCUUUUCCACAUACCCAAGGACAUAUGAUCUUAUUCAUGCUAAUGGUUUAUUCAGCAUAUACCAGGACAAGUGCAACCUAGAAGACAUCCUUCUAGAGAUGGAUCGCAUCCUAAGGCCUGAAGGAGCAAUCAUCAUCCGGGAUGAAGUUGAUGUUCUUAACCAGGUUAAGAAAAUUGUUGGGGGCAUGAGAUGGGAUGCCAAACUGGUGGAUCAUGAGGAUGGCCCUCUUGUGCCUGAGAAGAUAUUGGUUGCUCUCAAAGUGUAUUGGGUUGGCACCAGCAAAAACAAAACAUCCAAUGAGGAAUAAAACCACUAUUGUUCGGGUGUGAAUCUUGUACUUCAGCCUGCAGUAACAUCCAAGGUUUCUAAAUCCAACCCAAAGAAGGAAUGGGGAAAAAUAUGAAUAAUGAGAAGAGAAAAAAGAUUGUAGAGCAAAGCAAAAGCAAAGAUUGGUAUGGUUAUUCGAGUUUAUUCUACGUCUGCCUUACACCAAGUGUAGAACUGUAGAUAAAAUAGGUUCUAAGUAGUCUUAAAUUAAUUUUGGAGGAUAUGGACCAGCAAGUUUAGCUGUCUGAAUAAUUUAAGCCCAAGUUGUUGUGUUGAUGCCCAGAUAUGAAUAUUUGAUGUUAGAAUAUUGAAAUAUUGCAAUUUUAUUUAUUCUCAUCAUUAUUCAGUAUAUA